GUAGCAGCAGCAUCACGCGCACUCUGGACUCUGGUCUCUGCUGGCGCUCAGAUGACACGGCGUGGCGGCUCGUGAACGCGCAGGGGAGUUCUCACUUACCGCCAAAAUGGGAAACGGCUCAGUCAAGCUGAAUCCCUUCAUCCACGUCAGCGGCUCGGCCAAAUCCAAGAUCAAUGGCGAGUCAAGCGGCGGUCCUCAGAUUCUCAGGAUGAAGGUGGAGGAAUUGGAGGCCCAGCUGAAGAAGAAGGAUGAGGAACUGAAUGCCCAGCAGCUCCAGAUCAAACAGCUGGAAGAUCAGCUGGCCCAGCAGAACCAAGCUAUUGCUGACAUCUCGGACGCUUUGAGGAACAAGUGUUUCCAGCUCACUAAGCUGCAGGAGGCUCUAAAAAAUCAGGGGGAUCUGGAGCUUCUGUCUUCACCUACAAAGACUAAGUUCAGUCAGCGGCUCAGCGGCCUACUGAGAGAGACCCUCAACAAGAGGAAAGGAGCUAAAGCAGGAGUUUCUGCAGAACCUUCUUCCAGGACGUAUGACUCCAGCAGCAUGCCAAAGUUCUACUUCGAGAGUGCACGAGUCUGGAAAGAGCCAAGCGUGAAGAAGCUCCUAACAGAUGCCUUGAAUAAGAACCGCUAUCUGAGGAGGCUGGAAGGACAGCAGAUCAAAGACAUGGUUGAGUGCAUGUAUGAGCGAACCUAUCAGCAGGGAGAGUUUGUCAUCAAGCAAGGCGAGCCAGGGAACCACCUGUUUGUGCUGGCAGAUGGUAACAUAGAUGUUUACCAAAACAACAAACUGCUCACAUCUAUCGCAGUCUGGACCACCUUUGGAGAAUUAGCCAUUUUAUAUAAUUGUACCAGGACUGCAUCAGUCAAAGCGGCCAGCGGUGUCAGGACCUGGGUCCUCGACCGAGAGGUCUUCCACAACAUCAUGCGGAUGACCGCCGAGGCUCGGCAUGAGCAGCACCGCAGCUUCCUCAGAAGCGUUUCACUUCUGGCCAGUCUUCCAGAAGAUAAACUGACUAAGAUCGUGGACUGCUUGGAGGUGGAAUAUUAUGACAAAGGCGACUAUGUCAUCCGGGAGGGAGAGGAAGGAAACACGUUCUACAUUAUUGCCAGGGGAAAGGUUAAAGUCACCCAAAGCACAAAGGAUCAUGAGGAGCCACAGGUCAUCAACACCCUGCAGAAAGGAGAUUACUUUGGGGAGAAGGCACUUAUCAGUGAUGAUGUGAGAUCAGCUAAUAUCAUUGCAGAUGAGGAUGGAGUUGAAUGUCUGGUCAUUGACCGAGAAACGUUCACUCAGACUGUUGGCACCUUUGAUGAACUAAAGAAAUAUCUCCAAGGCUACGUUGAGACUUUAGCACGUGACGACAAAAAGAGAAAUGCCAAGCGGUCAGGGAGCAACACUCCUCCCAGCUCGCCACUGUCCCUUGAUCGGAUACAACUCAGAGAGAAGAACUUCACAUCCACUCUGUCCUUCAGUAACCUGGAGAUCAUCGCUACUCUUGGGAUUGGAGGUUUUGGCAGGGUUGAACUGGUUAAAGUGAAGAAUGAGAACGUGACAUUCGCUCUGAAGUGUAUUAAGAAGCGUCAUAUUGUGGACAACAGACAGGAGGAGCACAUUCACUCAGAGAGGAGAAUCCUGAGUGAGACCAACUCCCCUUUCAUUGUCAAGAUGUACCGUACUUUUAAGGACAGUAAGUAUGUGUACAUGCUGCUGGAGGCGUGUCUGGGUGGAGAGAUCUGGAGUAUGCUGAGAGAUCGGGGAAGUUUUGAGGAGAACACUGCCAAGUUCUGUGUGGGUUGUGUGACUGAAGCAUUUGAAUACCUCCACAACAAAGCCAUCAUCUACAGAGACCUGAAACCUGAGAAUCUCAUGCUGGAUUCAGAUGGAUAUGUAAAACUGGUGGAUUUUGGCUUUGCCAAGAAGAUGAAGUGUGGCCAGAAGACGUGGACGUUCUGUGGAACUCCUGAGUACGUUGCACCGGAGAUCAUUCUGAAUAAAGGUCAUGGCCUCAGCGUGGACUUCUGGGCUCUGGGAAUCCUGAUAUUUGAACUUUUGACCGGAAGUCCUCCCUUCACUGGCUCAGACCAGAUGAUGACAUACACGUUCAUUCUGAAGGGCAUGGAAAAGAUGGACUUCCCAAAAAAGAUCAGCAAGAGACCAGGGGAUCUUAUUCGAAAGCUCUGCAAACAAAACCCUUCAGAGCGACUUGGUAACAUGAAGAAUGGAAUAAUGGACAUCAAGAAGCACAGGUGGUUUACUGGUUUCAGCUGGAGCGGCCUGAAAGCUAGAACUUUGAACUCCCCUCUUAAAAGAGAGGUGAAAGGACCUACAGACCACAGCUACUUUGACAAUUACCCACCUGAAGACGAGAUCCCUCCGGAUGAGAUUUCUGGUUGGGACAUGGACUUCUAACAGCCUCCCCCUCCCCUUUCUAACUUACCGCCAUGUGAACAAGGCCAGAACUCCUCCAGCCUCCUUCUUCUCCAACCAUGAUGUCAUUAGAAUCACAAUGUAUGCCACAAAGGUUCUUUCACAGAGCACAGCCUUCACAGCAAGCCAUGUUUGUGGUGGAGUAGGUGGUGCAGCAGUGGAGGCCAAGCCUACUGCGAAUGUGGCAUUUGAAAGAACCGGCUCAGUGUUGUUUCAGUGAUGUCAGUAGCCUUGCUCAGUUGUGGUUCACAUGAUAAGACGAUGACAUUAGCAUUACUGGAUUUUCUCCAUCUUUUUUUUUUUUUCAAGACACCUUAUUAGGAAAGGUGCACUACAAACUUCUCCCAGGAGCUUUCCCUAAGGGUUCUCCAUGUGUUUGAGUUAUGGGCUGUGGGCAGCGCAGCGAAUCGUGUGAAACCAGAGGUAAUAUUUACCUUUUGAGACUGCAGAAAUCUGUGGACAAGCAAGAAGGUGAGAUGUGCUUGGUUUUGGCGGCGACAUCUAGCUAGCUGUCGAACUUUUGAACGCAAUAAUAACCGCCUGUGGGUGUGAAAGCCAGUGAUGUGGCUUCAGAAGGUGGACUAGAGGAGAUGAAUAUAACUGCGGUUUUCUGUUAUUUAAGUGGACUUGUGUGAAGUGUGUAUAUUUAGAAACUUGCUUACUGAGAAAGUGUGGCUGUGUAAAGACUGCAAAGUGCUUUUCUCAGUCGUGUUUUGCCUCUUCAGUUGAGCCAAAGAUCUUUUUUAGACAGGUUCUGUAAAUGUUCUUACUAGAAAUAAUUAAUUUAGUUUACUAUUUCUUAAGAUAAGGUUGGGAUCUAUACUAAAUCAAUACUAAAGUAUUGAUUUGUAUACAAAGAAUUGGAUGUCUAGGUUAAAUGGCAUGUUUUGUUGACUUGCUAAGUGAAAAUAAGAACAAAUGCACUCAUUAUCAAAGGAAUAGUUGCUUUGCAAAGCUCAUUGCUACAUUACACCCUGCCAACAGUUCAUUUUCUCUCUUUGUGCCUGUGUCAAUUAAAUAGCAACAGUGCUUUUGAAUGUAUCUACACUGAUGGACAUGGUGGUCUGGAACUGAGGUGUGUUCAGGUAAAUUUCUGGCAUAUUGCUAUCUUGGCAACAGAAAACACAGGUGCGCCACUGACUGAUUAGAACCCUGACAACAGUCAACCAUCAGAAGUUUAUUGCUAUCUUGGCAAAGCAGGUGCAACGUGGAUGCUUAUUGUGUGUACACCCCCCCUCAUUACACACACAGAAAGUCACAUGCAAUAAACAGAAUGCAAAAUAAAAUAACAUUGCUGUUACCGAAAGUGACCUGCUCAUGCACCAUCAAAGCAUAAACGAGCAGGUCAGUUUCCUCUGCUGAGAAGUGCAGAAGCUCUGCGCUGUUAAAAUAGCAAUCCGCCAAAGUCAGAGCAAUGUGAGGCAAGUGACACACUGAUUGGUUUAUUUCACAUUACGCCCAAAACACACUUAUGAUUAAUUAAGAGAAUUAGUACAUGACUUUUGCACUUUUUUUGAGCCGUGCAAGGUGUACUUUUCCCGUCAUUGUGAUAGCAAAAACACACUGAGACGCCCCAAAAUUAAGCUGCUCAGUGCGCUAAAAACCAAAGGUGAUCUAACAGUACAAAAGUACAAAACUGCACCUCACACCAUGACACCAGGCCUUCUGGACGUGAGACACGUGACAACAAACCAUUAUUCUUGGCACUGACCAUAGUUCCUCUAUACAAAAAUAAGAACAUGGCCCAUUCCUGAAGCUGACCCACUGUUGAUAUCCUGAGUCACUUCAUGACAGUCUGGCAUGACUGCCCACCAAGUUUCAGUACUACUUUUGGGUCACCUGUUGUUUUAUUGUAUUUUACAAAGAUCAAAGAUAUAAAGCACAUUUUAAUGCCAGUUAGGAUGCACUGAAAUAACAGUUAUGGCCAAAAUCAAAGAAAAAAUAGAACUGAAAACUAUUUGACCAGACAGCAAGUGUUUUUUUAUUUUAUAUUUUUGACUCUUUUUUGACCAAAGAGCUUCGUUUGCACAAUGUUUGGUAUAUCCCUACUUUAACUUCUCUCAAUAUGUUCAAUUAAACAGAGAUUUUAAUCAGAAGAAACACAGUUUUUUUUUUCUUUUUACACUGAAAAUUCAAUAAAACAUUUCAAGGAUGUCCAGAUCUUUGCAUACAGCUGUAUUUUUUGAUGGACUAAAUACAAUUGUGAAAAUAUAUAAAUAUAUAUGUAACACAAGCGUUUUUUUUUGUUUGUUUCAUCCUUUGUGUAAAAUUUGUCAUUGUAGUUUAAAUGUGUGUACAGAGGAACUGUAAAUAAAAUUAGAUACUGAA